GCCUCUUCGUGUGUUUCCGUCCAUAGUCUCCCUCUUUAGCAGACACAGGACGGUUAGCAGCCACUGCGGUAACAUGUUCCAAGCCGUUAUCCGCCUGUCAGCCUCCGGGGCCCGGAGUCUGGCUCGGUCACGACCCUGCUACUCAGCUCCUCUGGCCUCCAGAUGUUACUCUCAUGGCAAGGCGGAGACGGAUGAGGAGUUCGAUUCCCGUUGGGUCACUUACUUCAGCAAACCUGACAUCGAUGCCUGGGAGCUGAGGAAAGGCAUGAACACCCUGAUCGGGUAUGACCUGGUACCUGAACCCAAGAUCCUGGAUUCAGCACUAAGAGCUUGUCGGAGACUGAACGACCUGGCCAGCGCCAUCCGCAUCCUUGAGGCUGUCAAGGACAAAGCAGGCCCCCACAAAGACAUCUAUCCCUAUGUGAUCCAGGAGCUGAAGCCCACCCUCGCAGAACUUGGCAUCUCAACACCAGAAGAGCUGGGAAUUGACAAGUUAUAGACGUUCCAGGUCAUCUGAUGUAUAAAGAGACGAGCUCUACUGAUUCUCUCCAGCCAGAAAUGUCUAUAUUGUUGAUUAAACCCAUGCUGUCUUGUUAUGUACAAAAUAGUGAACCUAAUAAAGAAAACAGUAAUUGAA